AUGACCAACUAUCAAUCCAUCCAGUCCACGGAAAAUCACGGUUCAAAAUAUCGUCUACACAACUCACCAAUGACUAAGCAUCAACCUUCUUAUCCAUCAGCACCAAUCGGAUAUCGUGCUACCACGAUGUCACCAGUGAAUAGAAAUCAAAAUACAGCUUCAAUCCCACCACUAAUGAGUGAAUCAAAUUUAUAUCAGCCAAAAUCACCAACUGUAUUAACACCUGUGGCCCAUCAACAAAAUCAUUAUCAAAAUAAAACUCCAGUGUUAAGUUCUCCCGCAAUACGACGGCGACUAAACGAUAGCAGUGAAAGUCAACAAUCACAGCAAUACAAAAAACACCGAUCAAAUGAUGAUCUUCGCACUAGUCUUAAUUCUAAACAACUUGUCAAUAAUACCCUAUUGAAUCCUCCUCAAAACAACAACCCAAUACUAGUAAAUCAACAACAAUAUAUGGUCAAUAAUCAUUUCCCAUUGGCUCAUUUGAAACGUGCAGUUUCCAACAAUCUUCCAUAUUUCUAUUUAAAAUUCGAUGACGAUUUGACUAUGGACAAGGUACCCUCAUCGGCUAAAAUUAUUCAUGAAUUAAAUCAAUUCUUUUACAAUAAAUGGGUACCUUCCUUCAAAGGCUUUACGGUCUGUUCAUUAAUAGGGAAAAAUCGGUUCAAAAUUGGAACAAAUGAUAAAGCCGAUUAUUCUAAAUUGAUUAGUACUCAAUGA